AAAACCCAUUUCCCAGCAUGGAUCUGGGCCCCACACAAGUUAGAUCGAACGGUGAUGGUAUUGGCCCAUGGGCCUCAUUACCUCAGGCCCACUCGUGCCUCUUUCAGUGGGGGCCCGCUCCUCACCCCGCUGGCUUAGCGGGUCCGGGUGUGUGGGGUGGGGAAGCGAGGCGAAACCCGACCCGUUAUCAGCUGCCUCUUCCUUCCUUGGCCUCUCCACUCUCCUCUCCUCUCGCCAUGACGCGUGCCUCGCCCUUCCCUCUCCGCAUCCAAGCAACCGCGGCGUCCACGGCGCGCCACCGCCAUGACCAGGCAAGCACCCCCCGAGCACGCGUGCUCUCGCUUGUCACACCUCCCCGCCGCUCUGAUUCGACCGCACUCGCGUUUCUUGGUUUCAGGUGCGACACCGCGGCGGCGGCGGCGCCGGGUCCUUCAGGCGAGGAACGGACGGGGCGGCGGAGCGGGGAAGAAGAAGAAGAAGAAGAACACGCGGGAAUGGACGCGCCCGUGGCAGUGGCGGUGCCACCGCAGCCGCAGCCGCAGCAGCCUCCGGCUCCGGCGGCGGCGCCGCCUUACCGGUGGUCGAGGGCGGUGGCGAGAUCGCCCGCGGCGUGGAUGAGGCUGGGGGUUGGAGGUCUUCUUGUGGGGUCGAUCAUCUUCGCCUUCUACGAGUGGGGGCUCCCCUUGUUGUCAGAAAAGGUGCUGUUGCCGAUAAUGCGAUGGGAGGCAAGAUCUUUUGGGCGCCAUCUGUUGGCUAUUGUGCUCAUUGCUUCUCUGGCCAUCUUCCCGGUUGUCCUCCUGCCUUCUAGCCCCUCUAUGUGGUUGACUGGAAUAAUAUUCGGCUAUGGCUUCGGUUUCUUGAUCAUCAUGGUUGGGACAGCCAUUGGAAUGUCGAUACCGUAUUUCAUCGGUUCAUUGUUCCGUGAACGGUUACAUGAAUGGUUAGAGAAGAAAUGGCCUAGGGAGAUAGCUCUGGUUAAGCUGGCAAGCAAAGGGAGUUGGUUCAAGCAAUUCCGGGUGAUUGUGUUGUUAAGAAUCUCACCCUUCCCAUAUUCAAUGCUUAACUACACUGUGACUGUCACCCAGAUAAAGUACGGCCCUUACAUAUGCGGCUCAGUUGUUGGAAUGGUACCUGACGCCUUAGUCAACAUCUACAGUGGUCGGCUGAUACUCACACUUGCAGGCCUGAAAUACCACAACCAUAGAUUGACAACUGUGGAGAUUGUGUACAAUGUUAUCUCUAUUACUGUCGCCUUUCUUGUAGCGAUUGGAUUUACAGUCUACGCAAAAAGAGCAUUGGAUGAAAUGGAAAGAUCAGAGGGCACAUGCCCUGAACCUGCCGGUAUUGCUCAUGGCUCAACUGAACUCAGAGCUCACCAUCAAGAAUGUUCAAAUUCCAGCUCUGUACCAAUAGAUGUUGUAUAGUAAUUUCUUUUACCGUAAGAACACACGCAAUCGCUUCAGAUGUCCAGAUUUACAAAGGGGUCAUCAGAGAACAAAAUAGAAGGCAAGGCUUCUAAUAAGGUGCAAAUCUACUUCAACAAUGUGGAUUUGUUCGAUUGAUAGUGUGAGUCAAUGUAAAUACAAACAUAGUACAAGAACAGAAAAUAAAAGGGAGUAGAGUGUUAAAAUGGAUUUUAUCUAAAUUAAAAGGCAUUUCCACUGGUUUCAGCAAUUUGUGUGUGCCUGCUGUUUCUCAAAUAUUGUCAUGGUGUUAACUGCUAAGCAGUGGAUUUUCAAUCAUUCAUUUUGUGGGUGGAUUUUUA